UCUCCCAAACUGUCUCAGUGCCUCUCCUGCCCUCAGCCUCACCAGGACUAGUCUCUCUCACAAACUACCUAAGUGCCUCCAUCACCACCACCUGGGCUGCUCUCUUCCAAACACUCUCAGUGCCACAAAGUAAUGGAGAGGAACAACGUCAUGAAGAACAACACGGCGCAGAACACAGCCGCAGAGAACACUCCCGCAGCGCUGAACAUCAUGGGUAAGAACUCGAGUACAGAGGUUAACAACGCCGUAAAGAACACAGCCACCACGCAGCACGACGUGGAGAAGAACACCCAGGUGGAGAACACACUCGUGAAGGAGAACUUCAAACAUUCGCUGGAGGACUGGCAGGAGACUAUGGGAGAACUGCCUGAGGUGGACGAGACAGGUCACCUUCUCCUGCACCACCAACACCAUUUAGAUGAUGCUGAUGACGCUGCUGACGACGCUGCUGACAACUAUGCUGUCGACGAUGCUGAAAUCGAAGAUACUAAGUGUGGCUUGGGGCCCUUUAAACCAGCGUGGCUCCAGGUGCUGGCCAGGAAGGAGGUGUACAUGAUAGUGUUCAGUGUGGUGGGUCUCACACAAGGUAUCUUCUUCACCUACAUGGUCGCUGUUCUCUCUACCAUAGAGAAGAGGUUUAAGUUUACCAGCAAAGAAACUGGAACCAUCCUUGCCGGGAACGAUGUGUCUCAGAUCAUCCUCUCCAUCCUUCUGGGUUACUACGGCAACUACGGCCACCGCCCACGCUGGGUGGCCAUGGGCGUGUUCUUCGCCGCCCUUUCUGGCUUUCUGGCCGCACUCCCGCACUUCAUCUACGGUCCGGGCCAGGAAGCCAUCGCUGCCGCAGCCGCCGCCGGAGCCGGGCCACUAGAUACCUCCAUUCUCCUGGGUAACCUCACCACACCAACCACCAAAAAGGAGGAGAUGUGUCACUUCCAACCUGAGGACGUGUGUGAGGAAGCUGAGAACAGCGGGCAGUCUUACAUGGGUCCCCUCGUUCUUUUCUUCAUCUCGCAGUUCUUCUUCGGUGUCACCCUCAGCAUCUUCUACAACCUCGGCAUCACCUACAUGGACGACAACAUCAACAAGAAGGCUUAUCCCAUCUACUACUCCUUGGCCUUCAUGCUGAGGAUCAUGGGUCCUGUGCUUGGGUACUUCGUAGGAGGCAAGUGUCUUUCCGUGUGGAUUGAUCCGUCUCUCCAGCCCAACCUCACGAGGAAGGACCCGCGCUGGUACGGAGCUUGGUGGAUAGGCUUCCUGGUGAUUGGCUUCGGUCUGCUCGUGACGGGAAAUUUUUUGGUGUUAUUCCCGCGGAAGCUGCCGGAGACGCUGAGAAGAGAACAUAAAAGGGCGGUGAGGCUGGCUGAGAGGGAACAGAAGACAGGGGGCAAGAGAAAUGUGGAGUUCUUCUCCUCACUGGCCAAGACAAAGAGCAAGGAGGAGAAGCCCACACUCAGAAACCUGCUGAAGGCACUGAAGCGGCUCUUCACGAACAAGAUCUGGGUUGGGAACCUCUUCAACACAAGCGUCUACGUGCUGGGAGUGUCAGGUUAUUGGAACUUUAAGCCCAAGUAUCUGGAGACUCAGUUCCGACAGUCUCCCACCACCGCCAGUUACUACACAGGUCUAGCUAGCUUCGUGUCACUGGUGUUUGGCACUGGUCUUGGAGGUGCCGUACUGAGGUGGGCUCAUCCAGGGCCAAGGUUCGUCACUGGUUACAACAUCUUCAUCACACUGCUGACGUGUGCCAGCUACAUCAUCCUCUCCUUCGUCGGCUGUCCAAGACUCGACGUACUCGGCCCCGUGGACGGAUCACCUCCGCCAGGGUGCUCGUCGGAGUGCGGGUGCUCAGAGAGGUAUUCACCGAUGUGUAGCCUCGACAACUUUACACUUUACUACUCUCCUUGCUACGCUGGCUGCCUCACUGUCAACACCACCGCCAGCCCAAUAGAGUACGGCGAGUGUCAGUGUAUAGAGAAUCUGGUGACCAACACCAGUCAUACACCUCUCUCCUUGUUCCCUGACAACUCUUAUUUCACCAACAACACUGACAACACUGACAACAUAGCUCAGUAUAAGGGCUGGGGACGGAGCGGGUACUGCCCUGAACCUUGCAAUAAGUUCAUCUAUUAUAUCGUCAUCCAGAUGGUGAUCAAGACUGUGGCAUCCACUGGUAGAGUGGGGAGUAACCUCAUCCAUCUCAGGUCUGUGGCAGACGAGGACAAGGGACUGGCACUUGGCACUCUCAAUGUGUUCCUCAGUGUGUUUGCUUUCAUACCGGCACCCAUCAUGAUGGGUGCCAUAAUAGACUCUGCGUGUUUGGUGUGGGAUAAUAAGUGUGGUCGGUCUGGCAACUGUUGGCUUUACGACACUGAUAAAUUCAGAUUAAUCUUACAUCUGGUGCCUGCAGCCUUCAUCUUCCUCUCGGUGUUCGGAGACCUGGUCGUCUUCUACUACAGUCGUCAGCUAGACCUCUACGGUGACCGGGACGACGAUAAGGUCCUGGAGAAGACCCUGGGUCGUGAUGACGACAAGGAGGAUCAGAAGGUAGCCAAGGACGGUGAGAAACCUCCUAUAGAUGCUUAGAUACCCUAUCAAACAGAAGAUCAGAUGUUCAUUUGGACGAUAAGAAGAUUGUCAUGGGGUCUUUUAUGCUCGACAAGAACGAUCAGAUGCUCAACAUAGACGAUCAGAAACCUCCAGAGGAAAAUUAGAUUCUUUAUCUAACGAACGAAUAGAUCCUCAUUUGUUCUAUAAGAAACUACCAACGAAAGAUUACAUACUCUUUUAAAAUGAUCAGAUGCUCACCAUAGACGAUCAGCUACUCCCUAAGGAACCUUAGAUACAAUAUCCGACGGAAGAUCAGAUGUUCAUUUGGACGAUAAUAAAUAAAAAACCGGAAUAAACUGGUUCUAUAUGAUAAACACAGAAUCAGAAAUUAAAAACUUUAUUCAGAGAACAUCUCGCCGGCACAGUAGGCGUUUUUAAUCCUGCUGUUCAGGCAAAACAUUCUCUGAAUAUAAAUUUUGGGUUACUGCUUUGUUGUGAAUUCUGACGCUGACAGAGAGAGCAAAUGUUUCAUUUUGGGAAUAUUGUGAAUACGAAUUAUGGCUGGAAGUUGAGUGACUUCCUUUAUAAGAGAGAAAACAACUAUUUCCAAGACACUCAAGGUGACCAGGAGACCUCCGUCAUGUCUCCAGGACCUCAAGGUCAACCAGAAGACCGUCACGUCUCCAGGACCAUCAAGGUCAACCAAGAGACCUCCGUCACGUCUCCAGGACCCUCAAGGUCAACCAAGAGACUCCCGUCAUUUCUCCAGGGCCCUCAAGGUCAAUCAGGAUACCUCCAUUAUGUCUCCAGUACCUCAAGGUCAACCAGGAGACCUCCAUCACGUUUUUAGAGCCCUCAAGGUCAACCAGGAGACCUCCGUCACUUCUCCAAGACCCCCAGGGAUCCUUAUAUUACGUUCUUAGUGGGGGUUGCAUGACCUUGCCUACGAAUUUAGCAUUUAUAUAUAUAUAUAUAUAUAUAUAUAUA